UCUCCUUCCUAUUGUGUGCACUAUGGAGAGGAUGAGAAACUUAUUUCUACUCAAGCAGUCACUUUAUCAAUGAUUUUGAUCUCAACAGGCUCUUUUUUUUUAGGUUUCUCUGUUGAGUUCUUGUUCAAACCAGGCUACAAAAAAAAAUAUUGUAAUGGAGCGCUCAUGUGGAGCAGCAGGCAGUGAGAACUUUCCUCCUCCAAAUGGGGACUCCAGAGCUCGUGGCAGGUUUUCCUUCUCUGCUUGGCGCUCCUCCUCUCUGUCCUCAGCAAACGCUCCUGGGGCUGGAGCUGGAGGAGAUCUGAACCGGAGGCUACUAAGUCUUGUUAGUAAUUACCACGAGAGAGCUGGCCCAGCCGAGUUUAACAUGAAACCCACAGAGGUGACAGUGGAGGGCGAAGGCCUGACCACGGGCGUCCCGGCUCCAGGGACCUCCAUGCUGGCUCCUAACAUGGAGGAGUGCGAGUCCAGUGAGCAGUCUACUUUCCUCCACAAGCAACUGAGCUCUAUGUUACAACCCGGAGUCAACAAGCAUUCCCUGCGCAUGUUCGGCAGCACCAAAGGAGUCGCAGCUGAGCAGGAGAGAGUGCGUUCGUUUGGAGUCUGGAUCAUCCACCCAUACAGUGACUUCAGAUUCUACUGGGACUUGGUAAUGCUGUUUCUGAUGAUAAGCAACUUGGUCAUCCUGCCAUGGUGCAUCACUUUCUUCGAGGAUCAGGACACAGUGCCAUGGAUUAUGUUCAACAUGGCCUCCGAUACCCUGUUCCUGACUGACCUGAUCUUAAACUUCCGCACAGGAAUCCUGGAAGACGAUAACUCGCAUAUCAUCCUCGACCCAAAGGUGAUCCGACACCGCUAUCUACAGGGCUGGUUUCUUGUGGAUUUCAUCUCUUCCAUUCCAGUGGAUUAUAUUUUCUUAGCUGUGGACCUGGAGGCUCGGCUGGAGUCAGCAGAAGUCUAUCGCACCGCUAGGGCAUUGAGAAUCGUCCGUUUCACCAAGAUCCUCAGUCUGCUUAGGUUACUUCGUCUGUCCAGGCUUAUUCGUUACAUUCACCAAUGGGAAGAGAUCUUUCACAUGACAUAUGACCUGGCAAGUGCUGUGAUCCGAAUAGUCAACUUGAUAGGGAUGAUGCUUCUUCUGUGUCACUGGGAUGGCUGUCUUCAGUUCAUGGUGCCCAUGCUCCAGGAUUUCCCCAGAGACUGCUGGGUCUCUAAAAUCAACAUGGUGAAUGCCACUUGGGAGGAACAGUACUCAUACGCUCUCUUCAUGGCCAUGAGCCAUAUGCUGUGCAUUGGAUACGGUGCCCAAGCUCCUGAGAGAAUGACUGACGUCUGGCUCACCAUGAUGAGUAUGAUUGUAGGUGCCACUUGUUACGCCAUGUUCCUGGGCCAUGCGACCAACCUGGUGCAUUCACUCGAUGCUUCACAUCGCCAGUACCAAGAAAAGUACAAGCAAGUGGAGCAAUACAUGUCCUUUCAUAAGCUGCCUGCUGAAUUGCGACAAAGAAUUCAUGACUAUUAUGAGCACCGGUUCCAGGGGAAGAUCUUUGAUGAGGACAGCAUUCUGGGAGAGCUUAGUGACCCGCUUAAAGAGGAUAUAGUGAGCUUCAAUUGCCGUGAACUGGUAGCAAACAUGCCACUGUUCGGCAACGGUGAUCCACACUUCGUCACUGUGCUCCUGACUAAGUUGAGGUUCGAGGUCUUCUUGCCAGGCGAUGUCAUUAUCCGUGAGGGCACACUGGGCCGUAAAAUGUACUUCAUCCAGCAUGGCUGUGUCACUGUCAUCACCCGGAACAAGAAGGAAAAGAAGCUCAGCGAUGGCUGCUACUUUGGAGAGAUUUGUUUGCUGACCAGUGGACGUCGUACUGCCAGCGUCAAAGCCGACACCUACUGCAGACUCUAUUCUCUCAGCGUGGACAGCUUUAAUGAGGUAUUAGAAGAGCACCCCAUCAUGAGGAGUGCUUUCGAGAGUGUUGCCAUUAACCACCUUGACCAAGUAGAGAACAGCGCUGCAUAUAACGACACGACUUCAGGAACAGGCACAAAGGAACGAACGACGGAGAAAAAAGACAAUAACCUUUUAUAACAUCUUGUUUCUUUUUUUUUCCUUUUUGUCAUUCACAAUGUUUAGUGUCAUCCACCAUCCUUAGACACUUAGACAUCUUAAGCCGAAAAGGAUUUAUUCCAGGGAUCAACGGCCUGAAAGACUUUACUGGCUUAUGCAAAUAUUAUGUGCACAUGGUAGUCAGAUAGCAAAUACGUUUAUUGCUGUUUAAAUAACAACAUUAACCUCCCAUGGUUCCAGGCAAGUGAAGCAGUAGGUUGACUGACCUUUGCUAGGAUGGAUCACUUGCACAAUUGAGGCCAUGAUUCCAAAUCGAAUCACAUUCUAAACUCUCUGAAAACUGAAACCGGUACUCGUAUAUGUCUAUCAUGCUCUGGGAAGACUAUGGGUACAAACAUAUUAUUAGUUCCUGGUUUUAAAAUGGCUUUGGCUAUCCUGGAGAGCUUGUUGGCAAGUAUUACACAGGGUGAUUCAUCUGCUUAAAGUGAUUAAACCUGUCUUACUUCACAAGUGGAAACAUGGACUUGUCAGGGUCAAGCAGGACAAAAAGUAUUGGAAUUCAGGCAUGGUCAGGCAUGUCCAAACUGGAGGAUAAAAAAAAAUGGCUGACCGAGGCACUAGGUACGUUAAUUACAGCAAAAGUUGAUGUGGAAUUAUAUGGGAAUUAAACCUAAUUGUGUUUGAGUAUUUCCAAAUGCUCCACAUUAGAUUCAUUUUUUAAAAUAGCCAAUGAAAUUAAAUCACUAAUAAGACUUUGGUCUUUAAUUACUCGUCUGUAUUUUACUUGUUAGAAAAAAAAACAUGUCAAGAUGUAUAUUUUGUGAGUCCUGAAUGAAGCAGUGUUUAUAAAAUGUGGUAUCAGAAGUACAAUGGAGAAUUUUUAUUACACACGCAAACCACAAAGGCAAUUCCAUGCGAAAAUCUCUUAAUCUUAAUGCAGUGAAAUGAUGUCGUGGACAAAGGAAUAAAAAAAAUUUACUCAUAUCUGUUACUUCUAUCUCAACCUUUGUAGCGAAUGACUAUUGAAUGAUUUAUGUAUAUUUUAUAUUAAUUAUGCACAGUUUUUUCUGGAUGAUGGAUUCCCAAAACUGUUUAAGUCUCUUACAUGGUACACAUAUAAAUCUUUCUGCCAUACUUUUAAAAAUAUUUGUAGAGUUUUGUGGACAAAAGUAUUUGCGUUUGAAGUCUCAUCCAUGAAGCUGAUCUACUGCUGUACAUUUGAAAUGUGUGUUCAUCUUGUAUUUUACAUUUCCAAAAGCAGUAUUACUGCCGCUAAGAAAACAUCAUGAGUUCAUACUCUGUAACUUGCUGUUGGCUUUUUUAAGUUAUCCAGCAAAUUACAUCAAAUCAACAUGGCUACUCCCAGUAUAAAUGAAGAGUAAACGAAGAAAGCAUGUUGCAUACAUUCAUUUUUUACUAUCUAUCUAUCUAUCUAUCUAUCUAUCUAUCUAUCUAUCUAUCUAUCUAUCUAUCUAUCUGUCUGUCUGUC